AUGUCCUCGACGUCGAUCCAUGGUGAUUUCUACACCUCGGGUGACUAUUACGUGGCCUCCGUCACCGAGUUUGGUCAGCCAGCGGUGUACAUCCGCGACGAGUUGGCGCGGAUUGGGAGCACAGGCUAUGCGUCCGACCACGCGUUCAACACGGAUCUCUUCGAUUUGGUCAAUAGCCUGAAUGACGGUCACACGAGCUCGUACACGUACUGCGUCUGGGAGACCUUCCACAAUCUACUCCCCGCGCCGGCGAUCUCCCUCGAAGUCAACGGCACUCAAGAGGUCUACAUCGUCGCCGGUGUUGUAGACUUCAUCUCCCUCUGUGGCACGGAGUACACUGGCUACUACGCCUCAAUUGGUUUCAACUCAGCCCGGCCUGCGGGUGCAUGCGUCGUGAGCAUCGAAGGCACCCCGUGUACUCGUACCUACAGGAUCAACGGGGGCAACUACUCGCAACGAUUCGGCGACCUCGCGGGCCCGGUGUUCCCCGACCUGGACAACCUGACCAUGGAACUCAUCCUCGCGAACGGGACGGAGCCCGAGACGGUCGUCAUACCCAACCUGCCGGGCUACCUCGGACAGCCGUUCACGGACGCGGCGUUGUAG